AUGGCAGAGACACUUCCAGAGACACCCACACCCACCACCAUUGAGCAAAUCGCCUUGCAAAUCAAAUCCAUGGAGCAGCGAACUACGUCUGUUACAUUGCCUCGCAAUGCGUCUGUAUUAGACUUGAAGCAAGAGGUACAAGUUGCUUUUGAUGUAGACUCCAACAGACAACGCUUGAUCUUUCAGGGUCGUGUCUUGAAGGAUGAUAAAAACCUAGCAGAUUAUGCAAAUCUUGAUAAUGGAAAAGUGGUCCACCUUGUUAUUCGACCUGUUGAUGCCCCUCGCAACCCUUUGAACGAUGAUCCCAAUCCAGGAGCAAACACUCGCACAAACAGAGCAGCACCCAAUGGAAGAUCACGUACUUUCCCUUCUAUUUCAAGCCGAUUUCCCUUGAUGGAAGGAUAUGCAUUCAUCACCCUUGACUCCACCAUUGGUGAUAUUGGAGACAGUCAAUCAUUGCUGACUUCAAUGAUGAAUGCAUACUCGUCUGGUAGAUCGCCUGUUUCUGGUACAGCAACAAGCAAUAACAUAUCCACGACAAACACAAAUGGCGCAAGGGCUUCUCCUGGGGCUUUACCCAGAACACCCUUUUCAUUUUCAUUUUCCAAUGGCAGAAGCAGCAAUCAAUCAGACUUUACGUCUCCCAUUGGCACCAACCCAUUGACUGAUAGAAUAUCAUCCAGCCUCCCUUUUCCACCUAGCGUAGAAGUGAGAUUGGCAAGAACAUUGGGUUCCAUGAGAAAUGUUCGAAAUAUGCUGGAAGACUCUAAUAUAGCAAAUGAUGGUGCUUAUGCCAUACAUCCUGCUACAGCCACAAACCCAGCUACACCCAACUCGACGCCAGAGCAACUGCAGGAAAUUCGCAAUAGACUUAGAAAUAGUGGAAACUCGCAAUCGACUCAAAUUGGCAUGGUAUUGAAUGAGCUGGCUGAUUUAAUGACAGAGGCAGUGCCCAGAAUGAGACAGGUUGCAGAUGAUUUGCGAGAGGAGAAUCAGUCAGCAGAACAAGAGAGAAUCACCAGUAGACGCGUUUUGAACAUGUCUCGAAUCGUUCAAGGCAUGAGUUUGAUCAACCACUUUUUGGGAUCCGUAUUGGCUAGCGCAGACAUCGAAGCAAGUAGACGCUCAGCACAAUCAAACACAAACCCUUCAUCCACAGCAUCUACACUCCCUUCAGCCAGAUCUUCAUCCACACCAGCAACAACAACAGCGGCAUCUAACACUGCUCGAUCCACUUCAACAUCAUCUCCAUCAUUAGUUAGAUUGCCCUCCUAUCUCUUUCCUCGAGGAAUGACCGAAGCCAUUCGAACCAACUCUCCAACCGCAGUGAGAACCGCAACACCGCCCUCCAGAACCAUUUCAUCUCCAAAUCCUCCCCUCCGAAAGAAAGAGAAAUCAUCGCUCUCUACUUCAUGCACUAUGGGCGAACCUUCUACCGCAGAGACAUCUACUAGCGCAUCUACUAACACAUCUACCAACACCCCUGCAGACGAACGAAUGUCACAGAAACGUAAAUUGGAUGAUAAAGACGAUCAAGAUCAAGAUACACCCAAGAAACUAAAGAAUCAAAAGGGAAAGGAAAAGGACAAGAAAGAGUGA